CGCCGCGUGACAGCCAGCGAGCGAGCGGUGUGUGUGAGGGGAAGCGGCGUCUGCUCUCGCCAAGAUGGCGGACGAGGCCAGCGAGGGGCUGGCUCGCUCGGUCCUGCCGGGCCCCCUGCGGGGCGGCGGGGGAGGGGGCGGCGGCGGGGGCGGCUCGUCGUCCUCGUGCUCCUCGGUGCCGGCCUCGUCGGGGGCGGCUCCGUCGGGCCCGCGCGUGGUGCGCAUCGUGAAGUCCGAGUCCGGCUACGGGUUCAACGUACGCGGGCAAGUGAGCGAGGGCGGGCAGCUGCGCAGCAUCAACGGGGAGCUCUACGCGCCGCUGCAGCACGUCAGCGCCGUCCUGGGCGGGGGGGCGGCCGAGCGCGCCGGCGUGCGCAAGGGGGACCGCAUCCUCGAGGUGAACGGCGUGAACGUCGAAGGGGCGACGCACAAGCAGGUAGUGGACCUGAUCCGAGCUGGGGAGAAGGAGCUGAUCCUGACCGUCCUGUCGGUGCCGCCCCACGAGGCGGACAACCUGGACCCGAGCGACGAAUCCCUGGGGCAGUCCUUCUACGACUACACCGAAAAGCAGGCGGUGCCCAUCUCGAUCCCCACCUACAAGCACGUGGAACAGAAUGGUGAGAAGUUUGUGGUUUACAAUGUUUACAUGGCGGGCCGGCAGCUCUGCUCGAAGCGGUAUCGCGAAUUCGCCAUCCUGCACCAGAACCUGAAGCGAGAAUUUGCCAACUUCACUUUCCCGCGCCUGCCGGGCAAAUGGCCCUUCUCGUUAUCGGAGCAGCAGCUGGACGCCAGGAGGCGGGGGCUGGAGGAGUACCUAGAAAAAGUGUGUUCCAUCCGAGUCAUCGGGGAGAGCGACGUCAUGCAGGAGUUCUUGUCGGAGUCGGAUGAGAAUUACAAUGGCGUGUCAGACGUGGAGCUCCGAGUGGCGCUGCCAGACAUCACAACGGUGACUGUCCGGGUCAAGAAGAACAGCACCACGGACCAGGUAUACCAGGCCGUGGCUGCCAAAGUUGGGAUGGACAGCACGACUGCAAACUACUUUGCUUUGUUCGAGGUGAUCAAUCACUCCUUUGUGCGGAAGUUGGCGCCCAACGAAUUCCCUCACAAACUCUACGUGCAGAACUACACCUCGGCCGUGCCGGGGACCUGCCUGACCAUCCGGAAGUGGCUCUUCACCACCGAAGAGGAAGUCCUUUUGAAUGACAACGACCUGGCAGUCACCUAUUUCUUCCAUCAGGCGGCCGACGAUGUGAAGAAAGGGUACAUCAAAGCGGAGGAGAAGUCCUACCAGUUGCAGAAGCUUUGCGAGCAAAGGAAGAUGGUCAUGUAUCUGAACAUGUUGAGGACCUGCGAGGGUUACAACGAGAUCAUCUUCCCGCACUGCUCCUGCGACUCCCGCCGGAAGGGUCACGUGAUCACAGCCAUCAGCAUCAAGCACUUUAAACUCCACGCCUGCACCGAGGAGGGCCAGCUAGAGAACCAGGUAAUAGCCUUCGAAUGGGACGAGAUGCAGCGAUGGGACACCGACGAGGAAGGCAUGGCUUUCUGCUUCGAAUAUGCCCGAGGGGAGAAGAAGCCGCGAUGGGUUAAAAUCUUCACCCCUUAUUUCAACUACAUGCACGAGUGUUUCGAGCGGGUUUUCUGUGAGCUCAAGUGGCGGAAAGAGGUGGAAGAAGAAGCCACAGACAAGGAUAACAAGAACUGUAGUAAAGACAAUAUGUGCAGCAAGAACAUCUUUCAGAUGAUGCGGACACACCACAGAGACAUCACGACUUAGCCUUGCGUCGCCGUGGACGAAAAUAAACGUAUUAUCCCUUUCCUGUGCCCGCCUGACAAUUAACACUUUAAAAAUUAAAAAAAAGAAAAAAAGAAAAAGAGGUCGGGGGGGAGGGGGAAGUGGAUUCACGGGUUGGAUCCCACGGAUCCAUUCCGCUAACAGUGGCACUUUCCCCGGAGCAAGGAGCCUUUGUCCCCCCUCCCUGGACACGAGAGGCCGUUUGUUAGCAGAGGGGAUCUGUGAGAGCCAGCCUAUCGUAUUAUAAAGCCCUUAAGCUAAAUAUUAAUACCAUUUGUGAAUUUCAUGUUAAGCAAUGCUGGGGGGAAUGGAGGGGGUGGGGACCAGCGGAGCCAUCGAAAACAAGGGUGCAUAUUGGGGGGGGGGGGCAGAUUCUUGCCAGCAAAAAUUUGUGGUUUAAUCUCACUUGCCCCCCCCCCCCUUUCUGAAAUCCCCUUGUUCUAAGAUGGACUAUUCUGAAAAUUGUUUUUCUUUUGUUUGUUUUUUAAAAACACAACUGGAUAUAGAAACUUACAUCCAUUUUGCACUGUUUGGACAUAUAUAUGUAUGUAUGUAAAAAAAAAGUUAUAUGUACAAACUACCACGCACGUAUAUACAUAUAUAUAAUUUUCAUAUUGAUGGCUGUUACCUUUAGAGCGCUUGCAUUUCUGCAUCGAGUUGUCCCUCCCUUCUGGAUUUGUCGUGUUGUUAUUUUGUAAGGGAUGCCCGGGAGGGGUUGGGGGGGGGGGGGGGAGACGGUUGCCUUUAAGGACAUGUUGCUCUUUUUUUUGUGUAGAAAUAAGUUAUGGUUGGAACACGUUUUUUGAGCGCCAUAAAAAUUUGUACCCAGAA